AUGGACGACGCGAUGGAGAUUGAAACUCCAGAAUCGCGAGGAACCAAGCGGACUGCUGAUGAUGCAGACCUUGCACCAAACGAACUGCGCCGGAUUAGGGCUCUGGAUCCUGAUGUGGUCAAUAAAAUCGCCGCCGGGGAGAUUAUCGUCGCCCCGAUGCAUGCUCUAAAAGAACUCAUUGAGAAUUCUGUCGAUGCGGGGUCCACGUCAAUAGAGGUUCUUGUUAAAGAUGGAGGGCUCAAGCUUCUCCAGAUAACCGAUAAUGGGCAUGGAAUCAACGUAGAUGAUCUUCCAAUUCUAUGCGAAAGAUUCACUACCUCAAAGCUGAAGGAGUUUGAGGAUCUGACAGCCAUCGGCACCUACGGCUUCCGUGGUGAGGCCUUGGCUAGUAUCAGCCAUAUUUCUCAUUUGACAGUGACUACCAAAACUGCCAGUUCUAGCUGUGCUUGGAGAGCGCAUUACAGUGAUGGCAAGCUUGUACCAGCUAAGCCUGGUCAAAGUGCGAAACCAAAGCCUACAGCUGGACGUGGAGGGACUCAAAUCACGGUUGAGGAUCUUUUCUAUAAUGUUCCGACACGACGACGCGCUUUUAGGUCAUCCAGUGAGGAAUAUGCCAAGAUCCUUGACGUCGUGGGGCGAUAUGCAGUUCAUUGCGCGAAUGUUGCUUUUUCGUGCAAGAAGCACGGCGACUCAGGCUCCAGCAUCUCGACUGCUGCCAAGUCAUCUACUAUCGAUCGAAUCCGUCAAAUUCAUGGAAGUGCUGUGGCCAAUGAGCUGAUUGAAUUUAAUGUCGAGGACACCAAGAGAUUGGGAUUCAAAGCGUCCGGACUGGUUACUAACGCUAAUUAUCAUGUCAAGAGGACGACCAUUCUGUUAUUUAUCAAUCAUCGAUCAGUCGAAUCGUCGGCACUGAAGAAAUCCAUCGAACAAACAUAUUCGACUUUCCUACCAAAAGGUGGACAUCCCUUUAUCUAUCUUGACCUCGAAAUCGAACCAAAUCGAGUUGACGUCAAUGUCCACCCAACUAAAAGAGAAGUGAACUUUUUAAACGAAGAUGAGAUCAUAGAAUCAAUAUGCAGCGAGAUCACAACCCGUCUAGCGCAGGUGGAUUCGAGCAGGACGUUCAUGACUCAGACUCUUUUGCCUGGUGUACCCAACGUAUCAGAUACACCCUCAAGCGAUCCUGCUCGCAAAGCGAGUGCGGUAUCAUCAUCACAAAAGCCCUAUGAGAAUAACCUCGUUCGAACGGACUCGCGCAUGCGAAAGAUUACAUCCAUGCUACCCUCUCUUACUGCGUCGUCUAGCACGCAACUUGACACAGGUAAAACUGACGAAGUGGAAAAGACAGAUGAUGGUCUGCACUAUGAGACAACAGACCGCGAACCGCUUCGUAUAGGUCUUACAUCCGUCAAACGUCUUCGUGCGACAGUACGAUCCGAAAUGCACAAUGGACUGACCGAACUCUUUUCAACGCAUACUUAUGUUGGCCUCGUUGACGAACGUCGCCGCAUCGCCGCACUUCAAUCAGGCGUGAAGCUUUAUCUAGUCGAUUAUGGAAUGGUUUGUAAUGAAUUCUUCUACCAGAUCGGACUAACGGACUUUGGGAAUUUCGGCGUCAUUAAUCUCGACCCGCCGCCAAAGUUGAUUGACCUGAUGCAACUCGGAGCAGAAAUUGAACGAAAUGAGCACCAAUCCACAGCCGAAGGAGCACAUACGCAGCCCUCGCAAGACGACGAGAUGGAAGACAUAUUCCAAAAGGCCCCAGAAAUCGUGACCAACACACUGAUUGAACGCCGCGACAUGCUGGACGAAUACUUUUCUCUGAAGAUAUCCGAGGAAGGCGAACUACUUACCAUCCCCUUAUUACUCAAGGGAUAUGUGCCGUCGUUAGCCAAGCUGCCCCGGUUUUUGCUCAGACUAGGCCCAUACGUGAAUUGGACCAGUGAAGAGGAAUGCUUCCGUACAUUUCUGAGGGAACUUGCUGCUUUUUAUACACCUGAACAACUGCCGCCGCCUCCAUCGCUACCGAGAAAGCCAGAAACUGCACCUUCUCAGGAGGUAGAAGACGAUAAUGAGGAGACUGAAACGGUUCAAGACGCAUCACAAGAAAGCCAAGAAGACGAGGGUAUAACAGCCCGCCGCACGCAACUUGUACGAAUGCUGGAACAUGUUCUUUUCCCUGCUGUACGAGCGAGACUAGUAGCUACGAACGGUCUGUUGAGUGGUGUUGUCGAAGUUGCAGAUUUGAAGGGGUUGUAUCGCGUUUUUGAGCGUUGUUAA